AUGGCGUUGGAAUUAGGACAACAUGGAAUCAGAGUGAACGCAGUAGCACCAGGACUCUUUCCUUCAGAGAUCACCAAGGAACUGAUGAGCAAGAAAUGGCUCAAAAAUGUGGCUUUCAAGGCAGUGCCUUUGCGGACCUUAGGAGAAACGGAUCCGGCGUUGACGUCCAUUAUCCGUUACCUGAUCCAUGACUCGUCGGAAUAUGUCUCCGGCAACGUUUUCACUGUUGACGCCGGUAGUUCCCUUCCUGGUGUCCCGAUUUUUUCUUCCCUUUAA